ACGACGUACUCAUGGAAUUAGUGGGGGAUAAUGAACAAGAAGCAAUCUUGGAUUCACUGCAAGAAUGGUUUGAAGAAAAUCCAAAAUUUCCAAAUAAAAUUGAUCGUGUUCUACUGACCCGUUUUUACUACUGCAUGCACAAAGAUGAGGAAAAGACGAAAAAAUUAUUAGAAACUAACUACACAAUGAGGCUGGCAAAUGCAUAUAUAUUUACAAAUCGGGAUCCAACAGAUCAGGAUACGAAGAACACCAUAGCCAUAGCAGAUAUUGUGCCACUACCGGGUCUCACAAAGGAAAAUUAUCGGAUUGUUGUACAUCGUUUAAAUAAUCCCGAUGCGAAUUUGAUGCAUCAUGCCGAAGACACUAAAACCUACAUAAUGCUGAACGACUGCCGUUUCAGUUUACCGGAUGCCGUGGUCGAUGGUGUCCCCGUCCUCUCAGCUGGUGAUGUUCACAUUAGUGAUAUGUCAUGUCACAGUAUGGCUCACAUGCGCCGCAUGUCAUUGCGUAUUUUACGAACAAUGUUGAAAUUUGUACAGGAGGCCUAUCCGGUGCGAAUUAAGGCCAUCCACAUGGUCAAUUGUCCGUCUUAUAUGAAUAAAAUAUUGGCAUUCAUAAGGCCAUUUGUUAGUAAAAGGGUUUUUGAAUUGAUGCACUUCCACACAUCGGGUAUAGAGAGUCUCUAUGAAUUUAUACCCCAGGAGAUGCUACCGGAAGAAUAUGGUGGCUCUGCAGGAAAAUUGGAAGAUCUGAAAGCCAAAUUUUUGGAAACAGUUUUAGAAAAGAGAGAUUAUCUUAUGGAUCCACAAUAUUGGGAACUUGACGAGGAUGAUGAUUAA